AACCAUGUCCACUAUGACUAUGCAAAGCAGUUAUUUCUCAAAAGACCCUGUCCACACAACUGGACCUAUAACAGAGCAUAGUCUUUCAAGGAUAAUUCAUACUUCAAAUACUCMAGUUAAAAGCACUACUUCAUSGAUACAACAAAAGAAUUCARCCACUUUAUCAAAGGAUAUUUUAGAAACACCAGUUUCAACUAAGCAURGAACCGUGACAAAGAGCAUAGAAACUUCCUUGAUACUAACUAAGUCAUCCGUGACACCGAUCUACAUCGGACCAACAACAGGUUUUGAUCACGUGGUUGUAAUUCACAUCUCGCCUAAAAGAAAUUGGACYAAGGAGAAAGAAGACAAAAUCAAGAUCAUAAUAAAAGACCAACUUAAUAARAUGUGCAUGAAAUACCCACAGUCAUGUUAUAUCAACACCAAAAGUACACUCAACAGCGCGUCAUUAUUUAAUGAAACAGAUGUUUCCUUAGAUAUUGGAUCCACGGGUGAUGACUUGCACGUGUCCGUUAAAGUAAAGAUACCUGAGGGAGGUCUGGUCCCCUUAAUUGUUAUCAAAGACGCCAUUAAAGGAAGCAAGAAAGCCAUAGAGAAACAAACGGGCCUUAAGGUGUCAUUAGACAAUAAGAGCAUCGCCUUGAUGUCAACAACUACGGCUAGGCCGCCGACCACAUUUCCUCCAGGAGUGAUUAUAAGCACACCUACUAGAAGUAUAAUACCAGGUCUCCAUGAUUACUGGGCUGUCAUCGUGUGUGCCGUGGCUGCCACUCUGUUUCUGUUGGCUAUUACUUUAUGUUUUACCUUUCAUGCAAACAGGCAGACCAAGGUCCAUCCAUUGAAAGUCCCGAGGACUAAAUCGACUAUAGUUGGCAAAGGUUCUUCAACAAUCGAUCCGGAAAUGAUCUCAUUAACAAGGRUACAUCGCGUGACCACCAACAAAACAACAGACAAGAAGGAAUCUCAAGACACGAACGUGCGGUCAAGAUCGUCGAGCUUAAACUGCAAAGAGAACCGCCGUUUUCCUGACAGCCCUUUCACUCCCGAUUAUAUCGAUUUCUAAUUACAAACUCCCCAGUGAGGUCCUUGAUAGAAAAACAAGAUAGUUGAUAGCUCUAUCUCCRCAACGAUAAUUCUAGACAAAGUAUCAACACAUUCUGAUAAUGCAUUUGUGCAAAUUUAGACUCAUAUAAUAACAACACACGUGACUAGAAUUAAAGAAAAAACCUCAAAARGUUAUAUACCCGAUGAUUUGGUCUUCUUGAUGCCUUAUGAAAAGCAAUGUCGUUCAAUGAAAAUGACAUGUCAGCUAUUGUAAAUUACAUUGCUUGACGUCGAGCAUAUGACGUCAUCGCUUGAAAACUAAAUCAUUUGACACAACAACCUGAUGUCACAUGUUUGUAGAUAAGUAAGGAAACAUGAYGAACUCUUUGAAAAACGUAUAACACAUACGUUAUKAAUCUCACGAAGUAAAACUUAUCUUACUUCAUACGUAGUCCAUGUCUAUGAAAAUUGUAAAUCAUAGCUCCGUAUAUACAGGAUUUAUUCGCGCACAAUCCGUAAACAAUAAAUAGUCGCUAGGAAUUUUAUGGGAAAUUCGUAUAGGUCUUGAUWUAUAUGGUGCCAAUAAAAAACAAUUUUUUACAGUAAGACUUGAGCGGGCGACCUUUAUGGGCAUUUUUAAAAAACUUCGAGCUGCAAGCGAGCAGUUUUAAUGCCCAUAUAGGUUGGAGGCGAAUACUUUAUAUUGCUUAUUAAAU